AUGGAUGCGCCCUCUCUCGCAAGCCUAGUUAAGAGCUGGCUAACUAUAGCUCUUCUCGUUAGGCUGCUUCAAUCGCCCUACUUGGUCCUGGGCCUCUGUGUGGGCUUGAUUGUGCUUCUCGUUUCCAGUCUUUGGGAGGACCCGUCCGAUGAGAUCCUUUAUGGCCGGUGGCCAUUAGUCGGCACGAAACGGUUGGAUCUCUUCAAUAGAAAGGCCAAGGCACGGUUCUCGGAGGCUGCGUGCGCUCUGCUUGGAGAUGGAUUCGCGGUGAGAAGAUGGAUGUUCGGAUGCGGGACAAUAAGCAUCCAUGAGCCCAUUAGUCACUCACGGGGCAAACAAGGGACCGCCGUCUUCCAAGUUAUGGCCACAUCCAGCCCUCUCAUCGUCUUGCAUCCCAAGUACGUGGAUGAGAUCAAGGGUCAUCCGUAUCUAGAAUUUGAGACUGCGUCGAAGAAGGUGGGCCGGAUCAUUUUUCCGGUUGUUGAGGACGGGGUGCUGAAGAAGACGAGUCUAUUGAAGCUGAAGUUGCUGGAUAGCGUGAUGGCUCAGUCGCAGCAGGUGAACCCCGCGAGCAUCAGUGCGCUGAAUUCCCGUUCCCAUCCACCUAUACCUAAACACGGAUACGGCAUAGUUACUGGCCCCUGCUUAUGUACACUGCAUCCACACGCCCCAGCAUCCAUGAACCGUGUCGCAACGCGCGAAAUCCUCCUCUCGGAAAGCGCGCCCAGCCCCCGCGGCGCCCCAAUCCCUGUCUCCGCAUACAUCGACGACGAGACCAUCCUCACGCCACCACAUACGAUGGCUUUCGUUUCUACAAGAAGCGGUAGGAGCCCGGCCACCAGCACCGGCACCAGUUGGUGA